AGUCCCAAUAUGCUGACUCUUAACUCUCUCUAAUAAAAAUUCCCUACAAAAAAGCAACAAAAUUUAUCAAAAACUUCCCACAUUCACGUUCACCAAUCUUUUGACAAAGGUUCAGUGCAAAUGAUCGGGUUUUAACUUAACUUGAAUUCGUCGAAAUUUCUUAACUUGUUUGUUCGGUUUUUGAGCUUGUGUUGACUCUUUCUACAGUUUCUUUUUUUCUGCUUCAGGUUGUUUCUGUUAACAAACUUCUUAUUACAGGAGAAUGGCUGGGAAAGCUGUGGUUAAGCAGCCAAUAUCUGCAUUCGACUUUGAGAUUGUUGAAGGUGUUUCCGAUAACCUUACAACUGUUGUGGCAUCUUCUAGCCAGAGUAGCCCAUGGAUUGACCCUGCAACUAUUAAACUUAGACAUAGAAUUGGAAGGGGUCUAUUUGGGGAUGUUUGGUUAGCAACUCGUCACCAAACCACUGCAGAUUAUGACGAGUAUCAUGAAGUAGCUGUGAAGAUGUUGCAUCCUAUGAAGGAGGAGAACAUCAAUGUUGUCUUAGAUCGGCUGGGAAAUUUGUUUACUCAGUGUCAAGAACCACAACAUAUUUGCUGGCUUCAGGGGCUGUCUGUGAUAAAUGGAAAGCUAUGCAUUGUUAUGAAGUUCUAUGAAGGUUCUGUUGGUGAUAAAAUGGCUCGUGCAAAAGAAGGAAAGCUGUCCUUGCGAGAUGUUAUAAGGUAUGGGACUGAUCUUGCUCGUGGGAUAAUGGAGCUACACUCGAAGGAGAUCUUGAUUCUUAACCUUAAACCUUAUAAUUUCCUUUUGAAUGAAAAUGAUCAUGCAGUUUUGGGGGAUAUUGGGAUUCCUUAUCUGCUUCUUGGAGUUCCUUUGUUGAGUUCAGAUAUGUCAAGAAGACUUGGCACCCCAAAUUACAUGGCUCCAGAACAAUGGCAGCCAGAAGUUAGGGGUCCCAUAUCUUUUGAGACAGAUUCAUGGGGAUUCGGUUGCAGCAUUGUGGAGAUGCUGACUGGUUCUCAGCCAUGGAGUGGUAAAUCAGUUGAUGAAAUAUUUAAAUCUAUUGUAAAGAGACAAGAGAGACCACAUAUUCCUGGAGGCCUCCCUCCUGCGGUUGAAAGUGUCAUAGUUGGUUGUUUUGAGUAUGAUUUCAGGAAUCGCCCUCUGAUGGGAGACAUAUUGCAUGCAUUUCUAAGUUCACAGGAAGCAGCUUAUGGCGAUGAGGGAUGGAGAGACCCGGGGAGUCGGGUUAACUUGGACAAAUUAAGUGGAAGUGGCUAUAGCAAGUGGUUGGUCCUAAAGGAUCAGCAUCAAAUUGGAGACACUGUGAGAUCCAGGAAGCCACCAAACUCGUGUAAGCCUGAAAACAUGGAGGUACCAGGGGGUACCAUUGUUGGCAUGGAACGAGAUAUGGAACGAAAUGGAUUUGUGCUAGUGAGGGUGCAUGGCAUCCAUGAUCCUCUUAGAGUUCAUGGAUCGACAUUGGAGCGGGUGACAUUUGGCUUGGCUGCAGGAGAUUGGGUACGUUUGAAGACGAACGGCAAGAAACAUUCAUCGGUAGGCAUACUUCACUCCAUUGAUCGUGAUGGAAGUGUAGCUGUUGCAUUCAUAGGUUUGGAGACCUUUUGGAAGGGCAACUGCUCCGAGCUCCAGAUGGCAGAAGCUUACUGUGCUGGACAGUUUGUAACGCUGAAGCGUGAUAUUUUCAGUCCGCGCUUUGAAUGGCCCCGAAAGAGAGGUGGUGACUGGGCAACAGGUAGAAUUUGUCAGGUGCUACCUAAUGGGUGUCUUGUUGUGAACUUUCCUGGUAUUCUGGUGUUUGGUGAUGAAAAUAGCAGCUUCUUGGCUGAUCCAGCUGAAGUCGAAAUCAUAUCUUUUAACACUUGCCCUGGUAUUGUGAAGAAGUAUCAACACCUUGAGGACUUCCACUGGGCUGUUAGACCACUGUUGGUUGCAUUAGGCCUAUUUACUGCAAUGAAGCUUGGCCUUUUUGUCGGGAAGAAAGUCAGAAGAUCAAAGGUGAAGAAGGGGCGCAACCCGGUGAUACACAUUGAAGGUCAACAAGGUGAUGCUCAAAAUGCUGGUAAUGCAACAUGGCUUCCACCAAAGGUGGCAAAUAUCAUAUUCAGAGAAGGGGCUAGUGUAACAACCACCUCUAGGUAGUUCUUAGUCUCUAUCAAUGCCAAGCUAAGAGGAUCGCACUAACAUCUACUGGAAGUUGGAUAACCUAUUUGCAGCCUUUGCUUAGAGCAUGCAAAAAUUCUAUGAUAAACAAGUGUUUAAAGAUCUGUAAAUAGAUGGAUGGCUGUAAAUAAACUUUUAAUGUUUAUGUAUAUAUACUUCCUCCAUUAUAUGCCAGUUGUGAGUAUGCCUUGUUUAAGUCCUCA